UCAUCUAAGCUCCCUCUCUCUCUCUCUCUCUCUCUCUCAGAAGACAUUCUCUUGACAUCUUUGCAAAGUAAUUCAAGAGCAGGUAAAAGAUGGAGAGAAACGGCUCCUCAUGGGCUGAACAAUGGGACUACAACAACCCUGAGAAAGAGACGGGCGGUGGCGAUGGUGGUAGGAAAGACAAAUACUCCAAGAAAUUAGGAGAGGGCUUUGCUAAGACCAAAGCUGCUGCUUCAACUGGAAUGAAGAAAGUUAAGGGAGGGGCUUCUGUGGGGCUCCACUGGAUCAAAGACAAGUAUCACAAGACCACCAACAAGCAGUAAACCCCUUUUCCAUGGAAGCCACAGCUCCUCUCAUAUGAUCUCCCCAUAUUUGUAUUCUAUUAUCCUACAAUUUUUUCUUGAUUUUAUUACCGAUUACCAUUAUUUUGGCGUUCGAACAUUUCUGUGGAUUUUGAUGUAUAUUGUAUUAUGAGGCUUUCAAGUUCUUCGUGUAAAUUCCUUUGUUUAUAAGUAAAGUUCAUUCAUGGGUAUAUAUAGAGUAA